AUGGCGGAAAUCGUUGUUAGCGUUGUCAUCACCGUGUUGUGUGAGAGGCUGAUCUCCGGUGACUUGAUGAAGCUGGAUCAAUCGGAAGGGAUCGAUUCUCAGCUGAAGAAAUGGAAGAAAAUUUUUCCCAUGAUCCAUGCCGUGCUUGCUGAUGCAACCCAGAAGCAGAUUAAAGAGAGAGUUGUUCAACUAUGGGUGAAUGAUUUCCAGGAUUUGGCUUACGACAUAGAUGAUAUACUUGAUGAUCUGGCCACGGGAGCUCUGGGACGCAAGUUGAAUCAAGAAGCUCAUGCCAGCACCAAAACUAGUAAGGUAUUGAAGUUCGUCCCAAAUUGUUGUACUAGUUUCACUCCUCGAAACAUCUGGUAUGGUCAGCAUAUGAGUUCUAAGCUUGAAGAGAUCACCGCCAAAUUAUGCGAUCUUGCUGACCAGAAAAAAGAUAUGGGUUUGAAUGUGGAUGUUGAAAAGUCAAAUAUAAGAGAGAGGGCGUUGGAGCAAACAUCACUGGUUGAUGAGACCAAAAACAUGGGCCGGGAAGGGGAUAAAGAGGCAUUGAUGGGGAAGUUGUUAGGGAAAGAAGAAUGUGAUGAAAAUGUAAGCAUAAUGUCGAUAGUAGGAAUGGUUGGAAUAGGAAAAACUACUCUAGCCAAAGUUUUAUACAACGAGGAGAAAGUGAAGGAUCAUUUUGAAGUCAGGGCAUGGGUUUGUGUUUCUGAAGAGUGCGAUGUGUUUAACAUUAGCAAGGCUAUCUUCCAAGCAGUAACGGGGAAAAACAAAGAUUUUGCUAAUCUAGAUCUGCUUCAUGUAGCCCUUAAAGAAGAAGUUUCAAAGAAGAGGUUCCUACUUGUUCUAGACGAUGUCUGGAACGAAGACCACAAUAAGUGGGAACUCCUCCAAAACCCUCUUCUUGAAGGGGCACCUGGAAGUAGAGUUAUUGUUACAACCAGGAGUACCAAAGUUGCAUCUCAUGCAUUAAGUGAAAAAAACUUUAACAAUCAUCCAACGCUUAAGUUGCUUGGUGAAGGUAUGAUUCAGAAAUGUGGUAGAUUGCCUUUGGCUUUGAAAGCACUUGGGAGGAUCUUGAAGGGAAAUAGGAAUGACGAUAAAUGGGAGGAGUUGUUGAAGAGUGAGAUAUGGGAUAUAGAGGAUGGAAGUGAUACUCUUCCGGCUCUAAUACUAAGCUACUAUCACCUCCCUCCACAUUUGAAGCAGUUAUUUGCAUAUUGCUCCUUAGAGCAUCCACAAUGGUGA